UCGAAGCGGUGAUCUUCUAGCUUUCUUUGAACUUGUUUCUAAUUUAUUGUUGAGUACGUAACCAAUAGGGACUACAUUUUGUCUCUUUGCUGAAAAAGUAAAGCCUAUUUAUUGAGGAAGAAAAAGAAAAAACGUUACUGUAUGUUUAUACGUAUAUAUAUGUAUAAUAGACUUAACUGAGAUCUAUGAUGAUGGGUUCAGAGAAAAUGAAUAACCCCAUGGAAAUAGAAGACAAGAACAUUGAGAAGACAAAGAUAAGUCUUAUGAGAAUCUUGGUUGAAAAACAAGAUCCAUCUUCCAAGGAAGUUGAAGAUGGGACAUUGAGAAGAUUUCUAAGAGCUCGUGAUUUAGAUGUAGAGAAAGCAUCAAACAUGUUCCUUAAAUACCUCAACUGGAAACGAAACUUUGUUCCCAAUGGUUCCAUUUCACCAUCCGAAAUCAGGCAUGAAAUCCAACAGAAUAAGAUGUUCUUGCAAGGUUGGGACAAGAAAGGACGACCGAUAGCCCUUCUUCUUGCUGCAAGACAUUUCCAACAUGAAGGCGGUGUGGAUGAAUUCAAGCGUUUUAUAGUCUACCUUUUCGAUAAAAUAAUCACAAGGAUGCCACCAGGGCAAGAGAAAUUCAUAGUGAUAGGAGAUCUUAAAGGAUGGGGAUACGCAAAUAGCGACAUCCGUGCAUACCUUGCAGCUCUAUCUCUUGUACAGGAUUAUUACCCUGAAAGACUUGAAAAGCUGUUCGUAGUCCAUGCACCAUACAUCUUCAUGACAGCAUGGAAAGUUGUUUACCCUUUCAUCGACCCAAAAACCAGGAAAAAGAUAAUAUUCGUUGAUAACAAAUCACUCAAAUCAACUCUGCUAGAAGAAAUAGACGAGAGCCAGCUGCCUGCAACAUUGGGUGGCAAACUUGAAUUGGUUCCUAUUCACAACAGUUAAUCAUAUAUAAUACCUUGCUACCGAUGAAUGGCUUGAAAAAAUUAUAUUGUGUAGACAUACGUAUCCAAUAUAUACUGGAAGAUGACUUUUAACACUUUUCUUUUUAUGUAUUUGAAGUACGGUAUCCUCAAAGGUGAGUUGAAUCACAA